AUGGCAGCGAACUCUGGAAAUACGGGCUGGGCCCAACUACGUCAGCAGGCGCGAAGUCUGGAGAGCCAGACCGAGACACUAUUCCACACCUAUUCCCAGUUCUCGACGGUAUCGAACAUCCCGCCCAAGCCGACAGAAGACGAACGAACGACCGAGGCGAAGCUGCAAGAUGUGCUCGAAAAGCGCGAAUCUGUCGUCUCCCAGCUGACCCGCCUCCUCGAGUCGGACCCGACCCUCACCUCCUCGGCCCUGAAGCAGAACAACCUCUCGCUCCUGCGCGACAAGCUCGCCGACCACAAACGCGACCUCGUGCGCCUCCGGGCGACCCUCUCGCAGGCGCGCGACCGCGCCAACCUCCUGACCAACGUCCGCUCCGACAUUGACGAGUACAACCGCGCCAAGCAGCAGCAGGACCCCGGCGCCGCCGAGGCCGAGUACAUGCUCGCCGAGCGCUCGCGCAUCGACAACAGCAACUCGAUGGCCGACAGCGUCCUGAGCCAGGCCUACGCCGUGCAGGACAGCUUCAACCUGCAGAGGGAGAGCCUCGCGAGCAUCAACCGCAGGAUCACGCUCGCCGCGAGCCAGGUGCCCGGGAUCAACUCGCUCAUCGGGCGGAUAUCGGCCAAGAAGCGACGGGACGGCAUCAUCAUGGGGGCGUUCAUCGCUUUUUGCUUCCUGUGCUUCUGGUUCUUCCUCUGA